CCAGAAACCACUUUUAUGAUGGUUGAUUCACUGCUGUGAACUGAGCACUUUCGUUUCCUUAUUUUUCUCUUCUAUUGAGAAUGUUGCUGUACACUUGAUUAACCACAGUCAAAGUUUCACCUCUUUGGAGAAGGGAAUAAGAGACCAGUGAGGAAGCCGGUCAUGAACAACAAGAGCAGGAGGCUGUGUGACCCCACCUUCUGAGAAGAGAAGGAAUUUCUAAUUCAUUCCUCCUCUUCCAUCAAAGACAAGAAACCACAAUGGACACGACCCUAAUGGUCAACAUGCCCAGGCCCCUGUGUCUCAUUGAGAAUGUGAAAGGACAACUGAAGCCUAAUCAGGAGGCCCUGAGGAUCCUGUCCGCGAUCACACAGCCAGUGGUGGUGGUGGCCAUCGUGGGCCUCUACCGCACAGGCAAAUCCUAUCUGAUGAACAAGCUAGCUGGGAAGAAAAAAGGCUUCUCUCUGGGCUCCACAGUGCAGGCUCAUACAAAAGGAAUCUGGAUGUGGUGUGUGCCUCAUCCCCAGAAGAAGGAUCACAUACUUGUUCUGCUUGACACCGAGGGCCUGGGCGAUGUUGAGAAAGGUGAUAAUCAGAAUGACUGCUGGAUCUUUGCCCUGGCUAUACUUCUAAGCAGCACCUUUGUGUACAACAGCAUUGGAGCCAUCAACCAGCAGGCCAUGGACCAACUGUACUAUGUGACCGAGCUGACAGAUAGGAUAAGAGCACGGACCUCAACUGACCAGGAGGAUGACAUGGAAGACUCAUCUGAGUUUGUGAGCUUCUUCCCUGAGUUCGUGUGGAGCCUGAGGGAUAUGACCCUGAAAUUGGAAGUAGAUGGAUGCUGUGUCACAGCCGAUGAGUACCUGGAAAAUUCGCUGAAGCUCAAGGAAGGUACCUGCAAAGAAAUUGAAAAAUACAACUUGCCCCGACUCUGUAUUCGAAAGUUCUUUCCAAAGAAGAAAUGUUUUAUCUUUUGUCCACCCACGGAGUGGAAAAAGCUUUCCCAACUGGAGACAUUGCAAGAACACGAGAUUGAUUCUGAAUUUUUGCAGCAAGUAGCAGAAUUCUGCUUGUACAUCUUGAAGAAUUGCAAAACAAAAACUCUUCCAGGAAGCAUCCUGGUCAAUGGGCCACGACUAGAAAGCCUAGUGCUGACGUAUGUUGAAGCCAUCAGCAGUGGAGACAUGCCCUGCAUAGAGAAUGCAGUCCUGGCUUUAGCAAAGAUAGAGAACUCUGCUGCAGUGCAAAAGGCCAUCACCCACUAUGACCAUCAGAUGAGCCAGAGGGUGCAGCUGCCCACAGAGACCCUCCAGGAACUGCUAGACCUGCACAGGACCUGUGAGAGAGAGGCCAUAGAAAUCUUCCUCAGGACUUCCUUUAAAGAUGAAGACCAUUCAUUUCAAAAGGAACUGGGGCUGCAGCUAGAAGAUAGGUGGGAUGACUUUUGUAAACGCAAUCUGGAAGCAUCAUCAACCCGUUGCUGCACAUUGCUUCAGGAUAUCUUCAGACCUCUUGAAGAACAUGUGCGGAAUGGCACUUUUUCUAAGCCUGGAGGUUACGGCCUCUUUGUUCAGGAGACACUAAGGCUGAAGAAAAAGUACUAUGGAGAACCAAAGAAGGGCAUACAGGCUGAAGAGGUUCUACAGACUUACUUGCAAUCCAAGGAGGCUGUUUCUAAUGCAAUUUUACAGACAGAUCAGAGUCUGACAGAAAAGGAAAAGCAGAUUGAAGUGGAGCGAAAGAAAACUGAGUCUGCAGUGGCCGCUGCAAAACUGUUGGAGGAAACACAGAAGAAGAACGAGAAGCUGAUGGAGCAGAAAGAAAGGAGUUAUCAGGAACACAUGAGACAGCUGACUCAGAAAAUGGAAAAUGACAGAAUACAGCUGAAGGCAGAGCAAGAGCGGACAUUAGCUCUUAAACUUCAGGAGCAGAAACAGCUACUCCAAGAGGGGUUCCAAGAAGAGAGCAGAAAGCUUCAAGAAGAGAUAAAGAAAGUGGAGAAGAAAUACAAAGAAACAAUGGAUCAUAUGAAAGCUGAGUCUUCAAAGGCUACAGUAAAAAUAGUGGAAGAAAUGCAAAGGAAAUAUGAUCAGAUGAUGGAAGAUAAAGAUAGGAAUCACCAGAAACAUUUGCAAGAGUUGACAAAAAAGAUGGAGAGAGACCGAGCUCAGCAAGUAGCAGAGCAAGAGAAUAUAAUAACUCUUAUACUUCAGGAGAGAGAACUACAAUUCAAGGAAGAAAUCUCUGAAGAGAGAAGAAAACAUGAGAAGGAGAUUCAGGAUUUAGAGACAAAAAACAGAGAAACACUCCUAAAAUUCGAAUCUGAACAAGCUCAGUCCUCAGAGAACACAAUAAAAAUGCUGAAUGAGAUGAAAGAGAUGAACCUGAAGAUUGUGGAACAGAAAGAAAAAGCUUUUGAGUAUCAUUUAAAACAAUUGACUGAGAAAAUGGACAGGGACACAGCGAAGCUACUGGCAGAGCAAGAGGAGGCCUUGACCAAUAAGCUUCAGGAACAAGGAGAAAUUUUUAACAAAAACCUCAAGAAACAGAACAAAAGGCAUGAGGAGGAAAUCAGGAAUAUCAAGAUGAAAAAGAACUCUGGUUGUUCUAUGAUGUGAAAGGCCUAAGCACACCAGCUGCCUCCCCUGCUGACUCCUUUCAGGGCAGCAUCUGAUAUGGUUCAGACCAUCUCACACUCAGAACUAUAUAUAAUACAAAAUAAUAAAGAUGGCAAAGCCAAACAGCA